GUUUAUUUUAUUCGGCGCUAUGCUCUACCACGGGCGAGCCUUUCGACUCAGUUUUAACGCACGUUUGAAACGACAAACUAUAUGUUAUGCUCGCUCGGUAAUUAUUCAAAUCGGAAGCGACUCUUAAAUCAGUGUUUUUUGGCCGGCUCUUGUCUCUGCGUAUCCUAAGUUAAUCAUAGUUUAUUUUUAUCACUACGUGUUAAUAAUUGUGGGGGCCUCCAUUUCGCUCUAGUAUUUGUUACAAUCGCUCGCGGAAACGGCGAAAAAUUCGCGAAGUUUGUUCACCUAGAGACCUAUUAAAUACUUUUUGGACGCGGGAACAUUUUGAAAGUUCGUAUUUUGGCGGGAACGCGUGUGAUAGCAGUGUAGACUGUAGAUUGAACAAUGUUUUUUUUUACGUUUUCGAGGUUAAGCGGUAUACUAGAUGUUUAAACAAGUGUGUUUUCUAAUGGAUUUAUUUUGAGAUUGUAUUCAAAACAUUGGGUUCGUAUCGGUUCAGUCAUUUCAAGAGUGCGAUAGAGGUGUGCCGCAAGGAGCUCUACUAGACACUCACUACUGUAACUCUAUAUGUAAUUGUGUUGUUGAAUUUGUGAUACCUGGAUGUGUCUCCAGCGAGAUGAAGACGACCAUUUUAUAGGUGACGCGACACCAAUGGUGCAACUACCACUCCUGGGUCCUGAGACAGCGCUAAACACAAGUCCAGGUGGUGCUGCGAAGCCGCCACCCCUCAACUCCUUCGAGCUGGACCGCUGCUUGGACAGAGAGGAGGCCGGGAGGUGGGGAGGCGAGGCAGCGCGGCGUCGCAGACGCAGCCCUCCGCGUCGUUCGCCGACAGCUGAAAAUGAACCCCUAUCUCUUGCGAGGGCAUCAGCUCCAACAUCGCCAACAGCUGGAUCUACUCAAUCCAGCCCAGCACCAGCAUCGCCAUCGGGCAGCACCAACGCAGGUGCCAGGUCUCCGUUACCAUUAGUUGCGCCAGAUCUGUUAGCUAUGCAACUGCUUGACCAGCAUAGUCAGCUUCAAGCGCUGAUGAAGCAACGCCUGUUUCAUCAGCAUCAUAUGCAGAAACAGCACAUGUCAUCAGAGGCAGCAAAAAGACUGGAGCAGUCACGAUUGCAAGACCAAAUAAGCCUCAAUCUGCUCUCACAGUCCCAUCUUCAAGCACCAGACAGUUCGCCAGGUUCCCUCCAGCAACAACUUGGUGCUCAACAGCAACAGCUGGUACAGCAAUUGCAGGCGGUCCAGAGGCAAUAUCUGAUGCACGCACCACUUUCUGUUCCACCAAAUGCACCACCAGGUCUAAUGUUAUGGGGCAGUGAAAUAGAAGAACACCCUUUGUAUGGACGAGGUGUCUGUAAGUGGCCGGGAUGCGAUGCCCUCGCCGAAGAUUUCCAGGCUUUCCUCAAGCACUUAGAAGCAGCACACACAUUAGACGAUCGUUCAGCUGCGCAGGCGCGCGUCCAGAUGCAGGUGGUAGCCCAGUUGGAGCUGCAGCUACGCCGUGAGAGGGACCGUCUGGCUGCCAUGAUGCGUCAUCUCCAUGCUGCAAGGGAUACCGCUCAUCAUCACAAAAUGCCACAUGGACCUGCCAGUGAAGGUGCAUCUCCAGGUCCCGUGAGACGUCGAGUCUCCGAUAAGUCAGGGGUGGCCAUAGCUGGAGAAAUACAAAGGAAUCGAGAAUUUUAUAAGAGCGCGGAUGUGCGGCCGCCCUUUACUUACGCAUCACUUAUAAGACAGGCCAUAAUAGAGUCUCCAGACAAACAGCUCACGUUGAACGAGAUUUACAACUGGUUCCAGAGUACUUUCUGUUACUUCAGACGAAACGCGGCCACUUGGAAGAAUGCAAUCCGGACGAACCUGUCUCUACACAAAUGUUUCGUGCGCUACGAGGAUGACUUCGGUUCGUUUUGGAUGGUGGAUGAUGCGGAAUUCGUGAAGAGAAGGCAUCUCAGCCGGGGUCGACCCAGAAAGUAUGAGCCAGCCCCACCGGGACCCAACGCUCAACAAUUUUUGGGAGCUCAAAGCCCACCAAUGAUGACUAGUCCUCAUGGAUACAGCGAAGCUUUGAAGCGAAACCUUCAGGGUAUGAUGGAGGAUUGCAAUCUAGCGUACAUGUCCACGGAUGAUCAUAUGAUGCAAAGUGAUGAUUACCAAUCAUCCCAUGAGGAUUACAGCCGACCACAAAUGAUGAACGGUUAUGGUAACAGCAGUUCUUCGCACGACGUCAAAGCCGAAGAUCUGAGUGCUAACGACGCACAAGACAUUAAGCCAAAUAUUUACGCGCUGAAGAACGAAAUGCAGGCUUCUGAUUAUACUAGUAAAGGUGAUUACUCAAAUUCCACCAAGGAGUCUUCGAACAACCGCUCCAGCGAGACUAGCCCGUACAACGAGUACGUGCGUCCGGAGGACAGAUACCGGGCCCUCUCCCACAUCAAAGACGAGGCGGAAAACUUGUCCCUCAACGAGCAAAGGUCUGACAAGUAGAUUUUUAAAUUUGGAAUUCCAUCGAAAAUCAUCGAAGUGAACUGAGCAAUACAAAGUGAUUACGAAUUUUGCACUAGCAUUAUCCACAAUAUUUACGGGUAGUUGUAUUUUGUGAAGUGUUCACUUGACUAUAGUUUACCAAAAACGUUUAUUUCACCCGGUUUUAACGGGAAGUAUUAUUUUUAGUUCUAGCUAUUUUGAAUUGUUAGCGGCAUUGUUAGUAAUGCCUUAAUAAAGGUUCAUAUCAAUAUUGAAAUAUUUAAAAGUAUUUAAUCAUUAUUUGUAAUAAAUAAGAACAAUAAGUAGUUGUAUCGUUAAGUAUAGUACAUUUGCGCAAAGCGUUUUGGUUCGCGUUCGUUCCUUGUUAGUUUGAAUAUGUUUGCUUAAAGAUUUGUCUCAAUUUAAUUGAAAUCAGUGAAAUUUUUUUGAUCUAAAACGUAUAGGAUCCAUAGAUUUGUAGUUCUGAUUUUUUAUACCAAUAAUUUCUCUAACAAGGAAAUAAGAUCUCAAAAUUUUGCAAUAGCAACACUUUUAUUUUUUAUAUUCAAUGUAUACGGAAUUGAUCUGAAUUAUUUCUGUGUUAAGUGCCAUACUGAGGUACUAUUUUGUGAUUUAUUUUUUUGUUUUAUAGGCUGUAAAUAUUUAUCGUGAUUAUCAUGAUAUAAAUUAAGUAUAGUUAAGAUCGCGUUUAAUUCGGAUAAUUUUGAAUUAACAUAAGAGAUUCCCAGUACAAGUUUCCCGACUAAAUAAAAAUAAAUUUAUUGAAAUAAAUAAUUAAAUUAAAUAGGCUUCCUGAAAGCCCAUAUUCAAUCCGUAUUUCCCCUUGUUUAUUGGCUAGCAUUGUGGUUCAAAAGUCCAGUCGACAUCUGUCCCACAAUUCUAAGGUCGUUUCUCAUUUCAAUGGAGCACGAAAGAACAUUUUUUCGUCAACAAGUUGAUUGCUUUUUGCACCAAAGGUCAUUUUUGGCACAAAUCACUAAAUACUUGUGUUAAUUCAAAGUUUUCCCUUUGCAUAUUAAAUUGUUCAUGUUGUAGAGAAUUUAGUAAUUUAGAAAAUUAAUCUCUCUGAUUUCUUUGUGCAUUUUGUUUUAAAGUGCAUUUAUUCCGAAUAUUAAAGGGUGUAAAUCAUAUCACAGUGUAUAGUUAACUAAUAGGCAGUUGAAAUGUACGCAUUUACAGUAGUUUAGCACACUUCACUUAGAAUUAAUGUAUUUAAACUUUUUGGUUACACGAGCCACGAGUUUGAAGUACUAAACGGUUUUGUAAUAUGUGUGACAUAUCUUGAAAUACACGAAAUAGCACACACACACAUAUAUAUAUACUAGCUGUCUCGAA